UCUAGAUCCGCCUCUGUGUUUAAUGUGCGUUUUAUCGACCGGUGCCUGCGAGUGUGACGGUAUACGAGGUCAAACUUCACCACGUGAGAAUUUGUUUACUGUCGACAGAUUUUAUCUGUACCCAUCUGAAAAGAAAAUCGCCAGAUUUGGGGUAGUAUCGAGGUCAUCCCGGAGCAGACGAUAAUCAUCAAGAAUGGCUGAAGAGGCACCCAAGACCGGAAAAACAGUGGUGAUCGCCAUAGACGGAAGCGAGCACGCGAAGAAGGCGUUUGAGUGGUACAAGAACAAUGUAUACAAAGAUACAGAUAAAGUGGUUUUAGUCCAUGCUGUGGAAAUGCACGAAAUCCUAAACUCUCAGCAGUGGUAUGCCACUCCGUACAGCUUUGAUAAGGACACCCUAUUUGCGAUACUGGAGAAAGAAAAGGAGAAGGUGACGGCAAAGCUGGAGCAUUUUGCGCAGCUACUCAGAGAGUCCAAGAUAAACGGUACAGUGAAAAGUGUACAUUCUGCCAGUCCCGGUGAAGGGAUCUGCAAAAUGGCGAAGGAGGUAAAUGCUGACUUGGUUAUCACCGGAACACGUGGUUUGGGGAGUGUUCGUCGUACAUUGCUGGGUAGUGUUAGUGACUAUAUACUUCACCACGCCCACGUGCCCGUCAUUGUGUGCCGACAUUAACUUAGCAUUUCCCCAUGUCUCUUUUAUAAGAAAUUCCAUUCCUAAACCAUCUGCAUGGUACAAUCAUGUUAUUUGGUAUAGAUGACAUGUGGUUUUUAUAUGUCGUAUUUGUAACCAGGAAUAGCGUGUUAGGUUAUCAGUAUGUAUGUAUAUUUGUUUAAUGUUACAUUGGAAUCUGUGCAGCAAUAUGUUGAGGUCCGGUUGAAUUCUUUAUUAAAAAAAAAUUGAUGCCACGAAAUAGUAUUAUAUAGUAAUAAAUACUUAAAUGAAUA